AUGUGGUUGGAGCUUGUUGGGUUCUCACAUAACAAAACUGCAUUUCUCAGAGCACUCUUCGUGAUUGCUGGUUCCCUUGGGGGACUUUUUGGAGAAAUAGUCCCUGAGAAAUCCCGAACAAGUGUCUAUGCCCUGGACCGAUCGUUUGAGGCCAUACUAUCAUCAUUUGCUCCUCCUAUAGUUGGAAUACUAGCUCAGAAUGUGUAUGGUUACAAAGAACUUCCCAGAGGAUCUACUGAAUCGCAGGAGAUCGAGACUGAUAGAGAGAAUGCAGCCUCGUUGGCCAGGGCACUGUACACAGCUGUAGGCAUUCCCAUGUCUCUCUGCUGUGUCAUCUACUCGUUCCUCUACUGCACAUACCCACGAAAUAGAGAGCAGGCUCGGAUGGAGGCUCUAAUAGAAUCAGAGAUGCAACAGUUAAACUUGGAUGACAUGUCCCCCAGCGGAGUUGGUACUGGUGAUUUGGUUGACGGAUCAGACAUUUAUGGUAGGGAGAGAAGCGUCAUCGAUGUUCAUUACGAGGGGGAGGAUUCCACUGAUAUUGAGGAUGGUGACGAAAAGAUGUUGCUUUACUGUCGAUUGGCGUUCUCUAAUCUGGGCAAGUAG